CUGCACUGCACUGCCACUGCGCACGCGGUCCCGCUGCCUUCUCUCUCUGUCCGUGGAGGUUAGACGCAAAUCAGCACGAAGAUCAGCGUGGAUUAACAUAACCCUUUCCACCAUCAUCAUGGUGGCCGAAAAGUGGCGAACAAAGCCUGCUAGCUCCUGCGCGGCUUUGUUGUUGUUGUUGUGCAGGCUUUGCUUUGUGCUCACCUAGCUCUUGACCUCUUGUGCUCUGGCGUGGAGGGUGCUGGUGGUGCCCCGUUGGGCUUUAGGCUUUGGCUUUUUAGCUGCCCUGCCCUCCACCCUCCCUCUGCAGUCUGCACCUGCACCUGCGCCUGCACCCGCACCCAGUGUCCAUUGCACUGCACUGCUCGGCUUGGCUGCUCCCCACGCCAUCGUGUUCCUCUUCCUUCUUCAACAACGCUCUCAAAGGCUUGGCUACUACCGCUCCACUAGCUUCACCACUCGCAAUUGCAGCCGAGCCGACUGAGGAGGGAAGAAGAAACGGCAUGGGUGCUGCGACGCCGCCGCUCUGCACCGCCGCGCGCGCGCGGUGCUCCAGCGCAUGCACCUUCCUCGCGCUGCUGCUCUGCUUCCAGCUCCUGCACACGUCGCAUGCCUUCAAGCUGCGCGGCGUCGGCGGCGGCUACGAGGACAAGAAGGUCCCGCUGGCCGUCAUCGUGCCGGCGGACCCGUCGCCGGAACUGUCCGGCCAGCUGUCCCCGCUCGCCGCGCCGCCGCCGGUCCACGGCGGCGGCGGCGACGACAUGCGGCCCAAGCUGCCGACGGAGCGGUGGCGCCGGGGCAGGGGGGAGGUCCGGCGCGCCGCGCACCCGCCGGCCGCGGCCGCGCACGAGGCUCCCGCGCCCACUGCGGCUGGCCCCGCCGCCGGGGCGCCGGCGCCCGACUCCGGGAGCGGCGGCGGCACGGCCUUCAUCAAGAGCAGCCCCGCCGUGCCGGUCCCGCGCGGCGUCACGGACACGGCCACCGUCCUGCCCUUGCCCGCGCCCGGAGAAAAGCGCCAGGUGGUCGGAGCCGCCACUUCGGCUGAAGCCGACUGUGUAGUAGUGCCGCUGCUGCUGGGGCUCAUGGUGAUGAUGGUGUCUUUUGGGGUUUAUUAAGCUCUCUAGUCUAGAUGCACGCGGUUUAAAAGUAGCAGUAGCUGGAGAGGAUAAAAGCUUGCUCCUUUCUCUGCUUUGUUUCUUUCUGUGCCGGGCGGCGCCCCCAGGCCCCAGACCCUAGACCUGGAAGUGGAUUUGGAUAAUCCAAAAUCAAAAUGGGUUUUACCCGUUAUAGUUUAGUUUGAUGGAUGUUUCCUGGAUAUGCGGAUAUCCCCAAGUGAUCAAAGCAUGCCAAGUACCACAAAAUCGAGUAGAGAGUUAUUCUUAGCCAUUGCUUUGUGAGAUAUUGAGCUAUAGUGCACUUGAGUGAUCUGAGUUGAAGUGUUCUCUUGUGAUCUUUGACUUUGGUGCAAGCCACCCACUGUGGGUUUUAAAGGCUAGCAAGAACACCCAACCCCAAGCUUGUGGAGCGCUUUAUAGAGACUUCAGUCUUUCCAUUGAGUUGAGAAAAGAGAAAGGACUCGCGUUUGAUCUUUGGAAUCACUUGAAAGGGUUGAAAUAAACCCGAUCCUUUAGAACACCUCAACAAAAACAUAUGUUUUAUUUGGAAACCGAAUUUCGAUAAACAUAUCGUCGUGUCUUUGUGUUU